AUGCCGAACAAUGUGGCCAGAAAAUUUUUGUGNACAAUUUUAGCUCUAACCACAGAUGAUAUUCGUCGAUACACCCAACAGGAUUUGGCCUGGGUCGUGUUUGUUGCAUUCAAUGUUUCUUACGAAUGCCUCGCAUCGGAAGACGAGCCGUGUGUGAUACAACCGAUAUAUAAGCCGAGAACCGCGGAAUGUACGGACAUGUUUGACUACGAAUCCAAGUUGUUUGUGUUCGCGCUUCAUCAGUCUAAGGAAUUUCAACCAAAUGAAUUUUUUGGCGAGACGAUUGCACAGCAUAUUGACAAUCCGGAUUAUGCCGUGCACUUCAUGGAUUACAGUCAAUUUCGUAACCCCAUGCUAUUCAACGGGACACCAACACACGCCAAUCGAUACGCCCUGUUCCGAUGUGACUGGAGCUCGGUUUUGCACAUGUUCUCACAACAAAUUGAUCUGCUGGAUAAUUUCGAUUUGAUGGAGAGAUUUUUCUACACCCCCUCGCCUACAUACACGCUGCAACCGGAUCUCCGAUCUCUGUUCCCGUUUGCACACAUCACUGAACUCAUGGUGAGACAGGAACGAAGCGCUUGCAGUAUGCAAAACGAAAUCAAAGGGAAUCCGACCGUAUCCUCGAUCUUCCCGAUGCCAAGACAUUGUAACGAACGCGGGCUUGAACUGUUUCUUGAAAAAGUGAAACAAAACGUAACACGGUUACAUGAUUUGGUGAAACACUGGAAGCUUCAUGUGAACAUAUGGGUGCACACUUUACGCUUUCAUACAUAUGUGAUGCUUUGGUAUCGAAGCCUAUCUCGAAAGGAACUUAGCUUGCAGAUGUUAAGACAUUGGAAUGUGCACUUUGUUCAGGAGCCCUUUUCAAAAGUGUAUUGGAAUUCAUUGUACCGAGGUAGUCGGAUAGUUUGCAAGUUGCAAGUUUUAGCUGAAAUAUUAAAAAACGUCACAGGAGAAUGGCCGAAGAUGCGGUGA